AUGUCAGAAGAUUAUGCAAAAAAAGGAAUCCCAAAUAAUUACCUCCAGAUUAAUGCAGUUCUUUUACAAAUAAAACAUCUCUUGGAACAACAUCACAAGUUUUUAAAUAAAUAUGAUCUUCCCGCGCUUACUUCAUCAGAUAAUAAUUUAAAUGAAUUACCAAAAUUGUUACUUAGUAAAUUAAAUAUUCUAGUAACUAACAAAGAUCUUGCAAAAAUUGAAAUGUUAAAUGAAAAUCAAAAAUUAGUAUAUAACACUGUAAUAGAACGUAUUGAAAAAAAUCAACCUGCAACUAUAUUUGUAGAUGGACCUACAG